AUGCCGCUCGAGUCAGCAGCCGCGCAGGCCUUGGUGGCCACCGUGCCCGAAGGCAAGUUCUUGGCCCUGUCCGGUGCCGAUAUGGAAAAGUGGAUCCAGUUCGUGGCGGACGCGAACGAGCCCACGCGCCACCCAGAACUCUUCUACGGAAGUGUGGCGCGCCUCCUCGCGGAACACAUGGGCUCGGCAGUCCCAGCGAAUUAUGCAGACGCGCAGAUGCGCACAUUUGUCAUCGAUGGUUUCCGCGCCGGGGCCGAGCCCUUCGAGGGAGAUGGCGACACGCAGUGGAAAGACGUCAAGAUCACGCCAGCGCACGUGGCAGCUGCUUUGAAAGUGCAGAGUGCUGCCGCUGCUUUGGACAAGCGUGUCGCGGACGGGCGCCCCGCCAGUGGGCCACCAGCUGAUGGCUUGGCCCAGGCCAUCGAAGCCCUCGCAAAGGCAACAAAGGACAGAGAACAACCCAAGAAAGAAUACUUGAGUUUCAAUCUCAAGGACCGCCUUGGUGAGCUUGGUCUCAGUUGCUUGCCUAAGGAUAUGAUCCCCUCAGAGGAGUCACUACUUCGGUUGGAAAAGGCAAGCAAGGUUGCCCGAGAGCAGGGGAGGCUGCACAUUGGCUCAGCAGAGGGCGAGGACCUGCAAACGUCGUUUCGGCCUUCGUGGUCCCGCACGCCGAAGAUCGACGUCACUGUCGGCGAUGGAACCUUCGAGGAGAAACUGCGGAGCGCAAUGGAGGCAAAGAAAGUCAGGUCCAUGGAAGAUAAGACGGCUUACCUUGGGUUUGCAACGUUCUACGGCCACAUCCUCGAUUGGGGUGUCAAGAUGGUCCUCACGAAGGUCAUCGCAGCCGCCCAGUUGCUCGCUUACCAGAUGGUGCUCACUCGAGUUGCUGAGGAAUACGGAGGUUUUCGUGUGUGCACGCGCUACGACUUGCUGCUGAGGCAGAAGCUUGCCCGCGCAUUGGAGCGGGAAGAAAACGAUCAGAUCGGGAAGCUUCUGGGCGACUUGGACAGAGAUGUGCUGGCCGACGCCAAGAACAUCGCUGAGAAGCGUGUUUCAGAAGUUGCGAGGGCAGCUAAUAAAGUGAGCCAGAGCUCAAGCUCGCAGCAGUCACAGGCAACACCAGGGAAGGGCACCGGCAAAGGCCCUGCCAAGAGCAAGGGGGCAACCCACCCCUCGAACGUCGGCCGCCAGGUGCGUUCCCCAGCGCGGAGGUCUCGCAGUCCGAAAGGAGGCCCCGCAUCUAGCUGGAGCUCUCAGAAGUGGGACAACAAGAAGUGGGACAAGAAGUGGGGCGCCAAGAAGUGA